AGCCUCCUUUAAAGACUUGAUAUCACGCUGUCAGUCGCAGCAGAAGAGGAGAAGCUCCCAUCAGAUCAACCUCCACACCAACAUGUUCUCUGUAGCUCUGCUGCUGCUGCUGGCCGCUGGAUGCUGUGUGAAGUGUGAGCAGUUGACGCAGCCGGCCUCUGUGACUGUGCAGCCCAGUCAACGUCUGACCAUCACCUGUCAGGUGUCUUAUAGUCUAAGCAGCUACAACACAGCAUGGAUCAGACAACCUGCAGGGAAAGGACUGGAAUGGAUUGGAAUGAAAUAUACUGGAGCGUCAUACUUCAAAGAUUCACUGAAGAGCAAGUUUAGUAUCGACUUGGAUGCUUCCAGUAAAACAGUGACUCUAAACGGACAGAAUGUGCAGCCUGAAGACACGGCUGUUUAUUACUGUGCAAGAGACGUUGGAAUAUAUCACUGUGAUGAUUACUUUGACUACUGGGGGCAAGGAACUCAAGUCACUGUGACUUCUGCCACUUCAACCAGACCGACGGUGUUCCCUCUGAUGCAAUGUGGUUCUGGGACUGGAGACACAGUCACUCUUGGCUGCUUUGCCAGCGGCUUCUCGCCCUCCUCGCUGACCUUUGCAUGGAACAAAGUGAAUGGAGCCGCCUUGACCGACUUCAUCCAGUACCCUCCAGUUCAAAAGGGAAACUUAUAUUCCAGGGUCAGUCACAUCCGAGUGAGCAGACAGGACUGGGAGGCAAAGGACGCCACUUUCCAAUGCGCGGCGACCCAUGCAGCAGGACGGGUAGAGGUCACCAUCCAAAGACCAAGACAGCGGGUUGUCUCUCCAAACGUCACGUUACACCCAGUUUGGCAGGGUGAAUUCGGGAAGUCACCAAUCAGACUCAUCUGCAACAUUCAAGGCUUCUUUCCAGACCAACUGAGUGUGGAGUGGAAGCAGGAAAACCAAGCUCUAAACGUUGUGCAAACCCAAACCAAGCUUCAGAGUGUGGAGGGAGAGGAGAAAACCUUCAGUCUGAGCAGUGAGAUUGAGCCAGAUAUGACUGAGUGGGCACAGGGCUCAAGUUUUACGUGCACAUCUGUUCACAUCAAUCAGAGGUUUAUGAAGACCACAAGAAUUUGUCAAUAUCAAGCAGCAGCCUCUCCUUCCAUCAACGUGGAGAUUCCCAGCUUCAAGAAAGUCAUGACGGAAGAAUCUCCCCUAAAAGCAACAUGUUUUGUCCACACUGGUCUUAAGGCCAAGGUGACGUGGCUGCUGAAUGAGGGAGACCCAGCGGGUGGCACCGUGACACAGGACACCAACACAACUCAUUCAGUCAGUGAACUGACGCUUCCUUCAAGUCGAUGGAAACAACUCAAGUCUAUAACAUGUCAAGCUGACCACAAGUGCUUCUCCUCUACUAAGAAGACUGUGCAAAUCGCAGAGCCUGCAGUUACAGAUCCAUUGAUUGAGAUCAGGAGAUCUCUGAAAGACCUGCUGAAAGGAGACAGCGCCGUGCUGGAGUGUGAUGUCACGACACUCUGGUCACGUGACCUGUACGUCACCUUUCAAGCCAACGGUGUUGACAUCUCCGACAAACAGUAUGUUGAACUUCCUGCAGCCUCGAGCCUCCUUUCAGUCAGUAGAAGAUUCUCUGUCCCAUCAAGUGAGUUGAAGAAAGACGCAAGUUUCACCUGCAAAGUGAAUCAAGGAUUCUCCAACAGCUUUGAGUCAAACUCCACAGGCAGUUUCUUUGUGGAGCCAUCGAUGGCACUUCUUCUGGCCCCCGGUGAAGACUCAGGACCACAGAGACUCCUGUGCUUUGCUUGGGGCUUCAACCCUCAAGUGAAGUGGUCUUCAGAGUCCGAGCACAGACCUCAAUCAACUACUGACGUCAGCAUGGGUGAAGAUGGACGCGUGGCGGUGACCAGUCAUCUCCACGUCCCUCAAACAGAGUGGAGAACAGGGAAGGUCUUCACGUGUGAAGUAUCUGACAAGUCUCUGAACGCAAGUGUGAGGAAGCACAUCAGCCUCUGCUCAGUAACUCCUGCAUCAUCUCAGAUAGUCGGCGUCUACGUUCAGGGACCAGCAGCAGAAGAGCUUCUGAACAAGGGACAGGUGACUAUCACCUGUCUUCUGGUCGGUCCUUCUCUCAAUGAUUUCUCCGUGACCUGGAAAGUAGGUGAGAACAAUCAUUCCCACGAUGGCCAUGAGGAUUCUCCAGUGAGUCACAGCAACGGCACAGAAACUGUGCAGAGCUUCUUCAAUGUGUCAGCGGCGGAUUGGAAUGGAUUCAAACAAGUGUCUUGUGAGGCAAAGCACCGAUGCUCCAAACUGGGCCACGAGGAUCAAAUAACCAAAAGCAGAGAGCUGCAUCCACCAACAGUGAAGAUAACACCACCCACUGUAGAUGGCCUUUCUACCUCCGACCCCCUUGCAAUUAUUUGCCAAGUCUCUGGAUUCUUCCCGUCUGGUAUCCGAGUGAACUGGGAGGAGGAGGGCCAGAGACUGCCUCCGACUCACUUCACCAACAGUCCAACAUGGAAAUACACCGGGAGCAGCACGUAUUCCAUGAUCAGCAGACUGAACGUCUCAAAAACCAACAACAAGGCGUCUACGUAUUCUUGUGUUGUCAGACACGAGUCAUCGGAAACGCCUUUUGAAAGCACUAUAAAGGACGUCUUUGCCACAGUGACCCACAGCAAACCCUCAGCGACCUUGCUCCAGGGCUCCGGUGAGCUUGUGUGUCUGGUCUUUGGCUUCAGUCCUGCAACCAUUAACAUCACUUGGUUUCUUGAUGACACCAAGGGACUGUUGGACUACACCACUAGUGAACCCCACAGAGGCCCAGAUGGAACGUUCAACAUUCAAAGCCACCUAAAUGUGUCCCGAGUCAUGUGGUUACCUGGCGGCAACAUCACCUGCAGGGUGACACAUGCAAACAUCACCCUGUCCCUGGAUGUCUCUAAACCAGACUCCUUGAAGGACUGUCAUUUCUUCGAUGACAUCAUGCAUGCUGAAGUGAACCAGGACACAGGUGUGGAAAGCUGGUAUUUUGCGUUCACUUUCCUGGGUCUUUUCCUCACCUCCUUUAUCUACGGUGUCUCUGCCACCAUGAUUAAGACUAAAUGAUGAUGAACCCUGGACAGAUCUCAUCAUAUAAUAAUGUUUUGUUUUUCUUGUUUUAAAGUUUAAGUGAUUCAUGUAUAUUGUUGUUAAAUGUUAUGCAACUUCUCUUCUUU